AUGGGAAAGAAAAACAAAGAUUCACUCGGGCGUUCGCUGAUCAAAGACAGAUUUGCUAAAAAUCGUCACCGCAAACAUGUUGAAGAUAAUACAAUGUUGCAUACUACAGAAGUUAACGAUGGAUACGAUUGGGGACGUCUAAAUUUACAAUCGGUCACAGCAGAGUCUUCCUUGCAAGAGUUCCUAUCGACUGCCGAAUUAGCAAAUCGCGAGUUUGUUGCUGAAAAACUUAAUGUAAAAUAUGUGAAGUCGGCCCCAAGUGCUGUGGAAUUACAAAUAUCACAACCUGAUUAUGAUGAACCAUUGACAGUUCCUAGAAGGCCACCUUGGAAGCCCGGAAUAUCUGCUGAGGAUCAAAUAAGCAGAGAAAAGGACUCAUUUCUUGAUUGGCGAAGGCAUUUGAAUGAACUACAAGCAAAGUUAGGUGCUGCUGUUACUCCAUAUGAAAGAAAUAUAGAGCUAUGGAAGCAACUGUGGAGGACUUUGGAGAAAUCAGAUGUUGUAUUGCUUUUAUUGGAUGCUAGAAAUCCUUUACUCUUCAGGUGUUUAGAUCUUGAAAAAUAUGCAGAGGAGAAAAAAUGUAAAUGCAUAUUAUUGUUAAAUAAGGCAGACCUAACAACUGAAUAUGUUCGUAAAUGCUGGGCUGAAUAUUUCACAAAAGAAAACAUAUCCAUAAUAUUUUUCUCAGCAGCAAAAACAGUCAAAGAUAGAAAAAUAUCUGAGGAAAGUACAGAUAAACCAGACCUACAUACAGAUUCUGAUACAGAAUCCAUAGAUUCCGAAGAUGAAACUGAUGAGGAAACACAUCCAGAAGACCUAAAACAGACUCAAGAUGACAUAGACAACUUUAAAAAACAAUUAGGUGUCAUAGAUGAAGCUGUUACAGGUACAGCUAAUAAACUAAAUAGCAUUCAACUGGCAUUAGACAAAGUUCUAGAAAAUUUAAAGCUUGGGAAGCCAAUAGAACCACUUGAAAUUGAGAAUGUCAGUAGUAACAACUCAGAAACAAAUGAUGAAAAUAUAAAAAGUGAUGAAAGUAACCGUGAACAGAUUGAAAGUAACAAAGAAUUCAAACGGGUUUCAAAUUCACAUGAAAUAUUUGGUAGAGAUCAGCUAGUUCAAGUAUUGAAAAAUAUGAAAGUUGAUAAGUUAAAGAAUCCACCAAGGCUGACAGUUGGAAUGAUUGGUUAUCCAAAUGUUGGGAAAUCUAGUACUGUCAAUGUAUUGAUGCAAACUAAAAAAGUGAGUGUCAGCUCAAUGCCAGGUCACACAAGACACAUCCAGUCACUUAUACUAGACAGUGACAUAGAGUUACUCGACUGUCCUGGAUUAGUGUUACCAGCUUACGCAGUUGCUCCAGAUCUAUUACUCACUGCUGUAUUGCCGAUUGACCAGAUGCGAGCUCACGACGCAGCAAUGGCGAGGCUCUGUCAACUCGUGGGUCGGCACACGUUCCAGGAGAGAUAUGGUCUGCUGCUACCGGAGUAUGAAGAGAGCGACAUGGAGUACAAGAAGAUACUCACAGCUCAUGCGUUCAACCGAGGUUUCAUGACGGCAGCUGGUCAGCCGGAUGUCUCGCGGUCAGCCCGUCUCUUACUAAAGGAUGCGGCUACUGGGCGUCUUCAUUGGGAGCAGCUACCUCCAGGUUACAGCGCUCCCAGCGUGGACAUACUCAUUGAAGACAAGAAGACUGAUACUAGGAAACCAACACCACGAGAAGCCAGGGCGGUUGAGGGCUGGUUGAACAAAUCGUCUGAGAUCGAUAAGGCUUUCUUCGCGAUGCAAAAGGGCGGGGCACACGUCAAAGGAAAACCAAUAUUAGGAAUCAACGGUGCAGCAACAGCAGACAAGCUCCUCAACAAGCCCUGGAAACAGGAAAAGAAACACGCAAAUAAAAAUAAAAGGGAAAAGCUUAGACGGUGGUCCUCGGCGGAACCGCGCGCGCCCGCGUCUUCGUCUCGAUCGGAGUUUGGGUGCGGAGGAGCGCGUCCACGGGUACAGCCGGAGCCAGGCCACGGGUCGCGUAGUCCAGCCGGAGGCGACCGACGCAAGCCUUCGCCACAGGUUGCGUAUCCCGUUGGCGGGCUUACGCAAACUGCACUGCGUGUAGCAUCGGACUCUGCACCUUGGGUAAAUGGGCAGCCGGCAAGUCGCAGCUCGUGGGCGCGACGUGUCGACCUGGGGGUCUUCGUUGGUGGUUGA